GUAAGACACUUUAAAAACCACGUCAUUUGAGUGAAAACCACGGCUAGCCAAGUUUAUGCCGUUUUGAAUGAUUUUUGUCAAACGACCAAAAGCGAAAGAUGGUUUUCAAGGUGUUUUUGUUGGAGAACCGUUUAAACAUGCCAAAGGAUGCCUCACAGACCAGCAUACCCGACUGCUACGCGUGCCGAUGUUCACCUGGUGGGUUCUGGACCCAUCCAGCGGUUUGAGAUGUGGGGUCGUCACCGCUCAUUGACGGAAUCUGUGUACUUAUCCUCGAUAGUUCUCACUGAAUAUGGAUACGCUGAAGAGAUGGAGCAGCUGCUACAAGGGACUAGGUGGCAUCGCCUCUUCACGAUGCGGGCCGAGUCUAGCCUGCCACUGACGAUCGAGUUCCUGUGCUCUCUGGAGUUGGAGCCAUCUACAGGGUCGAGGUCGAUGAACUUCCAGUCCAUCGACUCUCGUACAACCCUCACUUUCACUCUCUUGGGGCGAGGAUUUCAGCUGACGGUCGCCGAUCUGGCUACACACUUGGGUCUCUACAGUUGGGAGGAAACAUCGGCACCGGAGUUUGGUACCGCACCAUACCUUCUCCCCACAGACAUUGAUCCAGCUGACUUCUGGGCGGAACACUCUUCCGAUCCGGACCGUUUCGAGGGCAUGGGCCGAGCCAGUCAGUCCAUGGGGAAUCGGAUGCACAUUGUCUGUGGUUUCGUAGUCACCAUACUCUUCCGAUCACUCGAGGGAUCGGCACCCAUUCCGCGAGCUCAGAUGAUGAUGCGAGAUUUGGAUGCCGGCAUGCUGAGGAAUGCCCACAUUCGUAGGAGGUUGGGAGCUGGCUCUACCGAGAGCAACGCCGCUUCCUCAUCUGCGCCCUCGACAUCAGGAGCAUCUUCGCAGGUCUCGUCUAGGAGAGCCACUCGCCGCCGACCCACUCCUCAGGCCACCCCAGCUACGACCCAGGCUGAUCCGACCCCUGAAUGGGCUAGGAGGAUCCUGGAGCAGCAGGAUACCAUCCUGCAGAGGAUGUCCGAAAUCGGACAGCAGCAGGCAUCCCAGGCUGAGAACUUUGCUCAGCUUCGAAGGACCUUUACUAGCUUUUACUCGGAUGUGCACAUCGGGCUCACCCCUCGUUCUCCUGAGGGCAACGAUCCAUCCACCUCAGUCACCACCACCGUUGGCCCGCUCAUGAAGGCCACGAAGCUUUGGACGAUAAGCGCCCAAACCUUCACAAAGCGGUCGGACAACGCCGUGCCUGCAACUGCCGCGCCACGCCGCACUGCCACUGCCCCUAGCCCAGCCGAAGCCCAGGCCCGGGCCAACCUUGCCUCCAUCGCCGACUCCCUCAACUGCCUUCACUUCAAAGUUGACGGGAUGGAUGGUUACCUUGAGAGGCUCGACGAGGCUGUCCAACGCCAAGGGUACGCCAUGAACGCGUACUUCCAACGCGUUAACUACGUCCCCCCACCGUACCAUGGCACAUUCUUUGGGCAAGUGUACGGUGACGAGGACGAAGACGAUGCCUCCUACGCCCCGUCAAGCUCCCUGGACGAAGAUGAAUUCGACGAUACCAUCGAUGGGGAUGAGAUGGACGUCGACGACGACGAGGAGGAAACCGAAGACGAAGACUAGGACACCCCUAGAAUUUCUCUCUUUUUUUAUUAUUGUCCUGUUUUUCUUCAAUUGCUUCCGUUGUACUCUGCUUUUUCCUAAUUUAAUAAAUAAAAUUAUCUUUUAUCUUUUUGUUAAUGUCAAAAGGGGGAAGAAAAGGGUUAUGCAUAC